AUGAGGCCAAUCACCCUCCUGCGCACACCACUAUGGCGCCACACCACCACCACCCCAGGCCCACACCGCCUCAUAUCCACCGCCCCAGGAACCUUCGCCAACCUGCGGUAUGAGCUGCUGUCGCGGCCCCCAAAGUGCUACUACGACUACCUGACCCCGACGAGCUCCCACCUGCUCUCCGUCACCCUGGCCGACCAGCUGCUGCCCGCCCAGCAGCACGACCUGCCCCCCGGCGCCGGCGACGGCAGGCCCUACCCGCCGCCGCGGUCCUCCGACCUCGACCACUGGUCCCUCCCAAAGGUCCACCGCAAUCACGGCGCCGAGCCCGCCCACCCCUUGCCCCAGGGCCACCACCUCGUCUACUUCCCGCCAACCCACCCCUCCUCCGCCCUGCUCCCGGACGGCACCGACGCGGACCACUGGCCCGGCCCGCCCUUCACCCGCCGCCUGUGGGCCGGCGGCUCCCUCUCCUUCGCCCAGGGCUGGGAGUCCCGCCUCCUGCUGGACAAGCGCCGCGCCGCGUGCGUCGAGCGCGUCGAGGACGUCAGGCUCCACUGGGCCAGGUCGGGCGCGACCGAGCAGGGCGGCGGUGAGGCGGUCGGGGACCACCACCCAGUGGGCGACAAGGUCUUUGUCGACGUGGUGAGGCGCUACGGCCCCGUUGGUGCCGACGAGGACGCCGUCGACACCCCCGAGGUGGUGCGGAGGAUCGAGGGGGCCCCGGCUGUCGUCGAGCGCCGCACGCUGGUCUUCCUGACAGGCAGGGCUGAUGAGGGUGCCAGUAGCCGUGGCAGGUCCAGGAGCGCAAAGCCGAAGCUCUACCAGGACCCAGAACACGUGAUAUCCUUCACAGCCACCCCGCCAGUCCUCUUCCGCUUCAGCGCGCUGAGCUUCAACGCCCACGCCAUCCACCUGGACCCGGGCCACUGCCGCACGGCAGAGGGCUACGACAAGCCGCUCGUCCACGGCCCGCUCCUGCUGGUCCUCAUGCUCUCCGCCCUGCGGACCGCCGCCAUCGCCGAGGGCAGGUCGCCCCUCGCGCCAGGCGGGCUCGAGUACAUGAACCUGCAGCCCGUGUUUGUCGGCGAGAGGAUGCGCGUGUGCGUCCGGCCGGGUAAGACAAAGUGGCAUGUCUGGGUUGAGGGCGAGGAUGAGAGGCUGUGCGUCAAGGGGUCGGCGCAGGUUGCUUGA